AUGUUUUCCGUGUACUUGCUCUUUGUGAGUUUGGCUGUCGUUGCCCUCAGCACCCUCGUCAUUGGAUUCGGACGCAAAGGUGGUGAAAGCCCCCGCGAGACUGGACUUGUCACUAUCCCAGAAAAACCGCAGGCUGACGUCCCGACCGUUACUGAUCCACCCAAGGUGCAGCCGUGGAAGGACUGGCUUCAGACUGAGAUGGCGGCAUCAAACGACCCGUCUCGGCCAUGGCUAGAUUGGAAGCCCAACAUGAGUGACCCGAGUGAUAAACCGUGGCUUCACUGGAACAAGAGGAAGAUGGAACAAGGUCGUUCAGGAGCUUACGGGGACCCCGAUUUCAGACGAGAACCAGGGUCGGGGCCUACGAAGGAAAUGAUGGGCACUUAUCCCGUCAUCAAUCCCGCUCGUGUCUGA